AUGACCCUCGUUCACAUUGUCCUCUUCAAAUUCCGCUCCGACGUCAGCGAGGAACAUAAGAAGACAUUCGUUACCGAAUUGAAAAAGUUGAAACAUCUGUCCUGUGUGAAAGCUGGACGCCUGCUUGUUGGAGGUCCUAGCGUCACAGAUCCCAUCGAACGUAGUAAGGGGUUCCAGAUCGCUCUAGUGAGCUAUCACGAGAAUCAGGAAGCGCUGGCGGAAUAUCAGGCGAGUGAUGAGCACCACCGGGUAACCUCUACCUACAUGUUCCCUUAUAAGGAGGAUUUGGUCCGUUUUGAUUUUGAAGUUGAUGAAGAAGAUGAAUAUAUGUGCCAGUUCCCUUUAGGUAGUCUAGGAAUCUAA